GGAUGGCACUGUUCAGGAGGCUGUUUUACAGGAAGCCGCCGGAUCGGUUGCUUGAAAUCUCCGAGAGGGUCUACGUGUUUGAUUGUUGCUUCUCUUCUGAAAGCUUGGGAGAUAAAGAGUACAAGGAUUACCUCGGAGUUAUAGUUUCUCAGCUCCAAGAUUACUUUCCCAAUGCCUCAUUCAUGGUCUGUAACUUUAGGGAAGGUGAUAAGAAGAGCUAUAUCUCUGAUAUUCUGUCAGAGUACGAUGUGACGGUCAUGGACUACCCUCAGCACCAUGAAGGUUGUCCCUUGCUUCCAUUGGAGAUGAUCCAUCAUUUCUUGAGGUCUAGUGAGAGCUGGUUGUCUCUGGAAGGGCAACAUAAUGUUUUAUUGAUGCAUUGUGAAAGAGGAGGCUGGCCCGUUCUUGCUUUUAUGCUUGCAGGCCUUCUACUCUACAGGAAGCAGUACAAUGGGGAGCAGAAGACACUUGAAUUGGUCUAUAAGCAAGCUCCGAAGGCGUUGCUUCAUCUUUCCAGUUCGUUGAAUCCUCAACCUUCUCACCUUAGAUACCUGCAAUACAUAACCAGACAAGGUGGCGGUUCAGAUUGGCCUCCUAAGGGCAAGUCUUUCAAAUUGGAAUGCAUCAUUCUUAGGUUUGUUCCAAAAUUCGACGGCGAGGGAGGUUGCAGACCUGUCAUUCGGGUUUAUGGUCAAGAUCCUCUAACUCCUACCAACAGGACCUCAAAAUUGCUUUUUUCAACUCCAAAGACCCAAAAAAAUGCUCGGCAUUACAGACAGGAGAAUGCAUGCCUAAAAAUAAGUGCCAGCUGCCUUGUUCAAGGAGAUGUUGUACUUGAGUGUAUCCAGUGUAUCCAUGUGAACGAUGAUUUGGAGCGAGAAGUCAUGAUGUUCCGAGUCAUGUUUAACACCGCGUUUAUUGAGUCUGAUAUUUUAUUGCUGAACAAUGAGGAAAUUGAUGUGGCAUGGAAUGUGAAGGAUCAGUUUCUUAGAGAUUUAAAAGCAGAGGUACUCUUUUCAGACUUUGAUGCGGGUGAAUCUGAAAUUAACUUAGAAGUAGCAACUGGAGAUGAUGAUGGUGAUUUUGAAGGUGCUUCCACAGAGGAGUUUUUUGAGGCCGAAGAGAUUUUUAGCACCGCAGAAUUGCCUAUUGAUGCUCAGAUAAUUCAUAAAAGAAGUACAGUGGAUGACAAUGUACCAAAUUUAGAACUUAAUGUUGUAGCUGAUAAAGAUAUGAAGAGAUUAGAAAGGGGCUUUACUCAGCAGAGUUCCAAUAUUUCCAUUAACAGGAGGUUAGAUAAAAUUGAUAGAACUAUUGCGCCGGUUGAAUUCACUAGAAUGGCUGAUGAAGCGGAGAGCACAUUUGAAACCACUGAUUCUGAACCUAUUGUUACUGAAAAACUUAUUUUACUGCAGAAAACAGAGGCCAUAUCUCCAACAGUCGAAAAGUCUUCUAAAUCAAAUUCUUCUGAAGAUUCUGAGCCCAAAACAUUUUAUGCAUCAGCAAUAAGCAAUUUCUUUCAGAAGACUAGCACUGCCGAUGAUGAAGCGGAAAAGUUGGAGAACCUCACACUUAAAAAUAGAAGAAACAUCAAAGCGGAAUAUAGUGUUUCAAAAGAGGGCAUGAAUGGUUCUUCUUUUGAAAGAAAACCUAUUUUGGAUGGCAACGAUCACGAUUUUGCUAUUCUAAGUGUGGUUGAUCAUAAAGCACAAGGAGUAGAUGCAUAUGAUUGCCAGAAUGAUACGGAAAUUGAGGUGGGGAUAUAUUCUGAUAACUGGUUGGAAACCUCAUCUUCAACCGAUCAGGGAGAAAGUGGACCAAACAUUGCUAUUUGCAAUAAGAGAACUUCUAGCGAAAAAUCGAUAGCCUUAGAUGAGAUGAAUCUGUUUGGAGGGAAUAAGCCACAGGAAUCAACAGUUUCAUACAGAAAAGCAGUGUUAUUGUUCCCCUUCACAUGGAACAAAAGAGUGCAGCUGACCCAAGCCAUCUUGAAUGUUGACUCCCUCGUUGAAGAUAGAAAUGUGCUGGAAAGCUUUGUCUCUGAAAGUGAUCCGGUGAUUUCUAUAUUCAAGGAAUCUGUUUUGAGUGAUGGUAAUCGAAAGUUUGGUUUGAGUGACGCUGCAAACAAAAGAUUGUGUAGUGCAAAAACUGUUGAUUUUGAAAGAGAAGAUAAUGAUAGGGCAAGUGAAGAAGUAAGGGUUGAGGCAAAGUCUACAAAUAAGAAGACGGGAAGUAUUACUCAAAAGCAGAAUAAUGAGAAGGUUUUGCCUCCCAUGCCAAAAAAAAAUUCAACAAAAAGCAGUCCUCCAUUUAAUCCUGUCAUAAAUAAACUGAAGUGUAAUCAACAAAAAGCUUCAAAUUUGGACGCAAAAGCAGCCAAAACUAAAAUUGUUGCUCGGUGGAUAUCCCCACAAAAAGCUUUGGAUGCAACGUUUUAUAGACCUUCUCACCCUCCAUCUAGAUACAAUAGCGCACCACCUUCUUUAGCCAUUUCAUCAGUUGAGAAAGAUGAUGAAAUGAUCAAUACUACUGCUCUUCUGGUAGACUGUCAUUCAUCAGACGAGAAUGUUACUUCAAUUGGCAGUUUGCCAUCACUCUCUGUAUCAUCAAUAGCACCUUUGAAUCAUGUCCUCGAUCAUAUAUCGACAACAUGCCAGCAUAUAGUUGCCGAUUCUCCUGAUUUGCAUCUUGCAACACCAUCCCUACCAUUGCCGCCACCGCCACCGCCGCUGCCACCACCCCCUCCUCCUCCUAUCCUAACACCACCAUCACCACCACCUCCUCCUCCUCCUCUCCUAAUACCACCAUCUACAUUUGUAGGAACUUCUGUCAAAGUCGCAUCCCCUUCUCCUUUUUCGGCACCCAAUUUCUUAGGAUCACCCAUCAAAGUCUCAAGCACUUGUCCUCUUCUCUCUACUCCUCUACUUCCACCCACAAACAAAAGUGUAUUCAUGAACGCUUCUAUGCCGCCGCCGCCGCCGCCGCCGCACCAAGUAGUCCAAACAAAGGUUCCAAUCCCCCCCUCACCACCUCCACCUCCACCUCUGCCUCCAUCUUCUCCAUCCAUGAGUUAUUUGGGUACAUUUUCUUCUCCUCCACAUACAACUGUGUCUAUUACCGCGAGGAAUUCAGUAGGUGCACCUCUGCCUCCACCUCCACCUCCACCUCCACCUCCACCUCCACCUCCACCUCCAUGUGGAGGUUCAUCUAAUGUCACCCGCUUUCCUCCCUCGCUUCCUACCAAGCCUUCGUCUAGUGGAUCAGGUCCCGCCAUCCCAACUCCUCCCCCUCCACCUAGGCCAAAUGUUGAUGGAUUAGCUCCUAGCUCUCCUCCUUUAAAGCUUUCUACUAAAGCUUCUUCAGGAGCACCGCCUUCGCUUCUACCACCAAUUCUUAUGCGAGGUGAAACUCCUUCUCCACCCCCACACCCUGGAGCAUGUGUAGGAGCUCCAAUGACUCCCUCUUCACCUCCACUUGGAGUGCCACCUCCUCCACCACCUCUACCCGGGGGACGCAACGUUGCUCCGCCUCCGCCUCCCCCUCCUCUCUCUGUAGGCCGGGGUGCUCCAGCGCCGCCACCACCACCACCUAGGGGAUGUAACAAAAUCCCCACUCCCCCUCCACUUGGAGGUUGUGGUGCUCCACCAACCCCACCACGAGCUCCUGGUGUCCCCCCUCCUCCACCUCUUGGUACCCCUCCAAAUGGUUCGAAAGGUCCACCCCAGACUUCCUUAGUUGGAGGAAGAGGGCGCGGGCUUUCACGUGCUAUUGGAUUUGGUUCCUCUUCACUAGCACCACGUAGAUCAUCAUUGAAGCCAUUGCAUUGGGUGAAGGUCACAAGAGCAGUUCAAGGAAGCUUAUGGGCAGAAAUACAGAAGUCUGAUGAUGCUCCUAGUGUUUCGGAAUUCGACGAGUUGGAAUUGGAAAGUCUGUUCUCUGCUGUCAUUCCAAAGUCAAAUGAUGGAUCAAAAUCGGAAGGACGAAGGAAAUCAGUUGGGUCGAAAUCUGAUAAAGUCCACCUGAUUGAACUAAGAAGGGCAAACAAUACUGGGAUCAUGCUGACAAAGGUUAAGAUACCGAUUCCUGAUCUGAUGAGUUCUGUAUUAGCCUUGGAUCAUUCUAUUCUGGAUGUUGAUCAAGUGGAAAACCUGAUCAAGUUUUGUCCAACCAAAGAAGAGAUGGAGCUUCUUAAGGCAUACACGGGUGACAAGGAAAAGCUUGGGAAAUGUGAGCAGUUUUUCCUAGAGCUUAUGAAGGUUCCUCGUGUAGAAUCCAAGUUAAGAGUAUUCUCUUUCAAGAUUCAAUUUGGUCAACAGGUUUCUGAUCUCCAGAACAGUUUGAACUCCAUAGAUUCUGCAUGUGAGCAGUUAAGGAGUUCUGUCAAGCUCAGGGAAAUAAUGAAGAAAAUCUUGUACCUUGGAAACAUGCUAAACCAAGGAACUGCUAGAGGUUCUGCUAUUGGGUUCCGUCUGGACAGUCUCUUAAAGCUGACAGAUACUCGUGCAAUCAAUAGCAAAAUGACACUAAUGCACUAUUUGUGCAAGGUUAUUUCUUCAAGGUCACCUCAUCUUCUUGACUUCCAUGAUGAUCUUACCAACUUAGAAACUGCAUCAAAGAUACAAUUAAAAUCCUUGGCUGAAGAAAUGCAAGCUAUUAUUAAAGGCUUGGAGAAAGUGGAGUUGGAGUUGACUGCUUCUGAGAGUGAUGGCCCGGUUUCAGAAGUUUUUCGGAAGACUCUAAAGGAGUUCAUUGCUGUUGCUGGAACUGACGUGCGAUCCUUAUCAUCACUUUAUAGUGCAGUGGGUCGGAAUGCUGAUGCGCUUGUCCUAUAUUUUGGAGAAGAUCCAGCACGUUGCCCUUUCGAACAAGUCAUUUCUACUCUUAUGAACUUCGUCGUAAUGUUCCGGCGAGCUCACCAGGAGAACUGCAAACAAGCUGACCUUGAGAAAAAGAAAGUUCUGAAGGGUGCUGAAGAAGAGAAGUGUAAAACUCCAAAUCCUAGAAAUAAAGUGCAUGAUAUGAGUCUGAGUGCUCAGCUACAACAGUCUCUGGAUAGGUCCAAAAAUGCAAACCAGCAAGGAAAAAAUUUUAGAUGACAUUUUACCUGCUACAACCUUGGAAUAAUGAUAAUUUGACAAAUACAAAAACGUAUUCCCCCUCCCCUCCUGAAAUCUUUCUCGGAGGGCCUCGCGAGUUCUUAAGGAGAUUUAAUGAUGACCAAGCUGAAACCGUCUGCUUUGAAAUGCAUCGAAGAAUGGGGAUCAUAUGUGAGUUUUUUGAGACAACAUGCUGUUGUUCUUGGCCAGAUGCUGCCGUAGGUCCUGUAACUACUGUACAGUUUUCUAACCUGCAUUCUUCCAUUUUUGUUUUAAUUUAAUCUGUAUUUUCUUACGAUUAACGAGCGUAGCAAAAGUGAUUGAAGUGAUGUAUGUUUUUAUUCCGCUAAUAAAAUCAGUUUUGUAUAGAAGCGAAAAGUUGAUAUCAUGCAAUUUAUAUUGCA